AUGUAUAAAUAUUCUGCGCCAACUUCACCGACUCUUUCCGCAAGAACAUCACAUUCUCUCACUCAUUCAAUUAGAACAGCUGAGGCGACUUCUGGUAAAAUGGUCAUUCUUACUCGCGCUGAUAUACGUGCCUCACUUGAAGCAUAUGAACAGCUUUUGGCUUCUGCAAAGAUAUACAGGAAUCAAAUGAUAGCUCUUUCACAGGCCACCGCUAAUUUUGGUCAGUCAUUGGAAAGAAUUGCUCGUUGUAAAGGAGCUUUAGAAGAUGGACCAAAUUUUCAAGCUGCUGCUGGCUUACAUUUUCUUAUGUCAAAUCAUUAUCAACUUUUGGGUGAUACAUUUUACAAAAAUUUUGAAAUCCCAUUGUUGGAAAAUCUUGAUACGCAUAAAUCAACAGUCAUUGCAAGCGAGGAAAAUUAUGAUAAUACAUUAACAGAGAUGAGUAACAAAAUUAAAGAAACGGAGGCAGAAAAUUUACGGAUUGGUCUUAAACGUCAAAGAGAUCUUACACAGUUUCGUAGAGCUUUACAAGAUUUGACUAGACAAGUAGAAGAUUUAGAUCGGAUGAAAACUGAAUAUCACAGGCAAACAUUAGAAACUGAACAAAAUAAUCUUAAAUUUAUUCUUUCAAAAGUCUCGACAGUUAUUAAGGCUGAAGUGGAUAUUUUUGAUAGAAUAUCUAGUAAAGGUUUAGCGGAUCCCUUGUUAGACACCAUGGUAACACAAGGUACUGAUCCUUUCUGCACAUAUCAAACUGCAGAUCAAUUUUCUGAGAUAUUUAGCGUUCUUCCACCAGUUCCAAUAAUCAAUCAUACUGCCGACAUUUCAAGCACAACCACAACAGUACUAAACAGUUUUUCAAAUGAUUUUCAAAUUUAUAGUGAUGAGAAUAAUUAUUAUCGUCCACAAUUAUCAACCCAAAAAGAAAUUGUUGGUGAUGAUGAUGAGGCUCAAGGAACCUCUAAGGAAGCAGAGGGAAAAGAAAGCAAAAAUAACUUUGGAUCUGAAAAUACACCUAUGUUAAAGGAUAAUAAACAAAAUACAACUAUAGUAACUUCCAUUGACAUUAAUAAAUCAUCAAAAAAAUCAUCAUUAUUAUCAUCGCCUAAUAAUAUCAACAAUAAUAUAGCAAUGAAUCCAGUACAACAUCUACAGUCAUCAUCACUCGUCAACUCUGUUAUAUCUCCAUUUGAUCAUCAACAUUUUGACAAGUCAAAUGAAAGCGCAAUAAACAUUCCGGAUGAUGCCGAUAUAUUAAAUAACAAAGAAUUCAAAUUUGGAAGUGUUGAUGAUAGUAGAUUUGGUCAAAGUUUAACUAAAGAUUCAUCGUCAUUAUUGUUUGUACCAAAUGAUGAAAUAAUGAAAUGA